AUGGAUGGCACAUUUAAGGUCGUCCCUGAACUUUUUUACCAAUUGUACUCAAUCCACGGUUCAGUUCAAGGAAGUAUUAUUCCAUUGGCUUAUAUUCUUAUGUCACGUAAGAGCGAAGAAAAUUAUAAAAGAAUUUAUGAUACUGUUAUUUCAUUAAGACUAUUAUUCAAUCCUAGUUCAUUUCUUAUCGAUUUCGAAAAAGGCGCAAUGAAUGCUAUUCGUUCCUGUUGGCCUCAAUCAAAUGUUCAUGCUUGCUUCUUUCACCUGACACAAAACAUUUAUCGACAAGUUCAACAAGCAGAUUUUACAACUAAAUAUGGGAACGAUGAAGAAUAUGCACACACCGUCCGCAUGCUUCCAGCAUUAGCGUUUUUGGAAACCAAUGAUAUUUGUUCAACAUUUGAAGAUAUUGGUGAUCUACAAAUUCCAGAUCUCGAUCCACUUUACAAUUAUUUCGAAGAUUAUUACAUAGGUAGAUCUCGAAGUCGCAACCGAAGGACAAUUCCAAUGUUUCCUAUCACAUUUUGA